GCCGUACUCAGGCCAGGAGAGACGCGAUGGCGGCGGUGAACAUAACGGCGCUGUUGUUCAUAAUCAUGUACUAUUUCGCAGUCAUGAUCGUCGGCGUCUGGGGAGGUCGCAAGGUGCUCGCGGCACACACCUCCGCGAUCGGCCCGCACGGCUUCCACGUAUCUACCAAGCGCAAGAACGAUGAUGACUUUCAGCUCAGGCUGUUCGUCGCCAACCGGGAUUUGCCCUUGUUCCUCGGCAUCGCUUCAAUGACCGCAACUUGGGUUGGAGGCGGCUAUCUGAAUGGCACCGCCGAGGCAGUCUACAACUACGGCAUUAUCAACUGCCACGCUCCGAUUGGCUACGCGAUGAGCUUGGUUCUCGGCGGAGCCUUUUUCGCGACCAAGAUGCGGCUGACAAAUUCGGUGACGAUGCUGGACCCGUUCCAGUCGCACUAUGGCCGCUGGUCGGGACUGCUGUUCUGCGUGCCGGCCGUCCUGGGCGAGAUCUUCUGGACGGCUGCCAUUCUAGCGGCUCUGGGCAAGUGCAGUGACACGGCGAGCGUGAUAAUAAGGGUUGACGCUUCGUACUUCAUCAUCAUCUCCGGUUCGAUAAUUUUCUUGUACACCUCGCUGGGCGGCCUCUUCUCGGUCACGUACACGGAUGCCUUGCAGGUCGUCACCACCGCUGUACUUCUGUGGGCGUGCGUGCCUUCGUGCGUGUCCCACAGGGCGGUGGGCACCCUGGAUGCCCAGUACACUGACUGGAUCGGCACCAUCUCCAGCGAUAAGAUCACUGUGCUCCUGGACUUUUUCCUCAUGACGGCGCUUGGAGGAAUCCCGUGGCAGGUCUACUUCCAGCGCGUGCUUUCCUGCCAAACCGUGACGGAGGCCAAGAUCCUUUCGUUCAUGGCGGCCAUUGGAUGCAUAUUCCUCGCUGUGCCGCCCGUCAUCAUCGGAGUUACCGCCAAACAUACGAGUGCGACACCCGUUUUCCUUCUCACCCGAAUGCUCGUCUGAUCACAUGCGUGUCCGUGCCCCCCGGUUUCUUAACGGGAUGACAAAUGAGAACGCGUUUCGAAUCACGAGUAUCGGCGCAAUAUUUAAGCCAAGAGUAAACGUUCAUA